AUGGGCUGCAUCUGUUCUUCGGAGGAGGAUCCGGAUGUGCCCACGCACCCGGUUCCUGGCAAGGGCUCGUCCCAGGCUCAACCCCACAAGAGUUCUCAAGACAUGAGCAUCUUGGAUUUGAGCAAAUCGAACGAUGUGAUUGACUUUGAAUCCAUGAAUCCUCGGAGGUUCAAGGAAACCACCAUUCUGAUUAUCAAGGAGAACAUGCUGGCUGUAUUUCCAGCUGGGAUAAGGAAUUUUACCUCCCUGACAACAUUCGACUGUAGCAUGAACAGGCUGGACGAGCUUCCUGCGGAGAUUGGCCUCCUAGUCUCCCUGACAACGUUGGAUGCGAACGAUAAUUCUCUCACGAAGCUGCCAGAGGAGAUUGGAAAUCUCUCCAAGCUUGAGAAGCUCUUCCUGUACAAGAACAACAUCACUGUCCUCCCGGAUACAAUCUGCAACCUGGCGGCCUUGAAGGAAUUGAAUCUUUUCAACAACAAAAUCAUCAAGUUGCCCACAAAGUUUUCCUCACUGCACAACAUGGUGGAGCUGAACCUGGCGGACAACAAGCUGAAGACUACCCCUGACUUGAGCGGAUUCACCUCCCUGAACCGCCUUGCCCUCUUCAACAACAACCUGGUUCUGCUACCUCCGCUCUCGGGCUUGGGGAGUCUGGAGAAGCUCGAGAUCUACCGCAACAAGCUGGAGACGUUGCCAGACAUGAAACAGCUUGACAACUUGCAGGAGUUUCAAGUGACCAACAACCUUGUGAAGGAGCUUCCUGUCAACAUCGGGAGUUUUCAGGCCCUGACGACCAUUGAGGCAUCGCGCAAUCAGCUCACUUCGAUUCCGGACUCGGUUCUUGACUUGAAGGAGCUGGUCAAGCUCAUGCUGUCUGAGAAUCAGAUUGCAGUCCUCCCGACCGGCUUGUCUAAGUUGCCCCUCAAGACUCUAGACGUCUCCUCAAACCUGCUUGAGAGUUUUCCUGACGUUGAGGGCUGCACGUCACUUACCAACUUGAUGGUGGCAAAGAACAAGUUGUCGUCCCUCCCCACGUUCCUUGUCUCCGAUUUCCCUUACAUCAAACGCCUGACCUUUGACGGAAAUCCUAUCGAUAUGGAAGACGCCAGUAACCAGGAGGUGGUGGAGAGCCUCAAGAAUCGAUUCAAGAGCAUCCCUAACUCCAAGUUGAGCGUCAUCGUCUGA